GACAGUGUGUUUGAGGGACAGUGUGUCAGCAUGCUGUCUUGUAUCACACACGCCUGGCUCUGUGUUCAACAGCAGGAGCAUUCCACAAUAAUGGUUUGCUUUGUGUCCCAGAGCAGAUCAGCACAGCACGCAAGGGCUGUCAGAAAGGGAGCUUUGAAAGGAGAGAGGUGCAUGUCUCCAGGAAAGAAGCAGAGCGGCCACCUGAGGGAUUAUGGGACACUUCCGGAGGCCAAUUACAGCACUGAAAGCAAUUGAUGUGUUUACACUGGCAAUGCAGCGCAAGAGGUGGUGAGAGCGCUGGUGCAAGCCACAGCGGCCCAGCAGGAGGCAACCCGGGCUCAGAUGAUGGCACAACAGGAGUCCAUAAGGUUACAGCAGGAAACCAACCAAUUAUUAAUGAGCCAGGCGACCCAAGAUCAAGCCCUCCUGUGCGAGGUUGUGGACCAGCUGAAGAUCCUCACCACCCAGGCCUGGGGGUCCAAUGAGACGCGAACCCUGAGGGCUACCGAUAAUCUGCCUAAGAUGACGGCAGAUGAUGAUGUAGAGGCGUAUCUCCUCUCAUUUGAAAGGACUGCGCAGCGUGAGGCAUGGCCCCUGGAGCAGUGGGCCAGCAUUCUCGCCCCUUUCUUGUGCGGAGAGGCCCAGAAGGCCUACUUUGAUCUGCCCGCUAAGGAUGCCGCUGACUAUUCCCGGCUGAGGGCAGAGAUCCUAGCACGAUCUGGGGUGAUGGCAGCGGUACGGGCCCAGAGGUUCCAGGAGUGGAAAUACAGGGAGAACAAACCUCCAAGGUCCCAACUAUUCAAUCUCAUACACCUCGCACGGAAGUGGUUACGGUCCAAGGCAUGCAGCCCGGAGGAGAUUUUAGAGACUUUGGUCAUGGACCAUUACACGCGGGGUCUGCCGCCAGAUCUAUGCAAAUGGAUCUGCCAGAGCGAUCCGUCCACCUAUGACGAAAUGAUCACAUUAGUGGAAAGACGGAUGACAGCCAGGGAAUUAACCUAACUACCCAAGGAAGGCCCCUCAUGAAUCAAACACUCGACCCCGACAGUGGAGGGUCAGGCAGCGAAAUCCCCAAGAAGUCCUAGGUGGAAGAAGAGGGAGAUCAAAAACCAGUCGGGAACCCAGAAGGAAGGGGAAGGCCUGAGUCAUGGGAAUCCUGGGUCUAAACCCCCUAACCCACAUGAUAGGGGAGUGACUAGAAGCAAUUAUAUGUGUUAUGGGUGUGGGGAGUUGGGGGCUGUCAUAGCUUUCCUACUCAGAUCUGAACCUUAGAGUUCAGAAAAUAAGAU